AUGGGGAUGAAACUCAAAAAGAUACAUAGAGUAUUAGAAUUCAAGCAAUCAGAUUGGUUGAAAAAAUAUAUAGAUCUGAAUACUGAAAUGCGAACCAAAGCAACUAAUGAUUUUGAAAAGGACUUUUUUAAACUAACGAACAACUCUGUGUUUGGAAAGACAAUGGAAAACAUGAGAGAGUUGAUAUCAGGAAUGAGUAUAUUAGAUCUUUCGAAGCAUUUGAUGUAUGAUUUUCAUUAUAAUGUAAUGAAACAUAAAUACAGAGAUAACAUAAAACUGUUAUAUCAGGAUACGGAUAGUUAUAUAUAUGAUAUAAAAACAGAUGAUAUUUAUCAAGACAUGAAGGGAAUGAUUGAUUACUUUGAUACAUCCGAUUAUCCUGAGAAUAAUCAAUAUAGUACACCAAGAGUUAAUAAGAAAGUGUUAGGUAAAAUGAAAGAUGAAAAUAAUGGAAAAAUAAUGACUGAAUUUGUUGGUUUAAGAGCAAAAAUGUACGCCUUAAAAGUAGAUCAGGUUACAAAGAAAUCUAAAAAAGUAAAGAAAUGUGUUGUUAAGAAUAUCAUUUGA